AUGGCUCAGCUCCAGGAGAACAUCAACAGCAUCAUCGCUGCUUUCUACAUGUGCAGCAGAGGCGAGGGGAACCGCAGCCCCCUGAGCAGGGAGGAGCUGAGACUGCUCAUGGAGCAGGAGUUUGGGGACGCGAUGGAGAACCCCCAGGACCCCACAACCAUCCAGAAUGUGCUGUGCUUCCUGGAGGAUGACAGCGACCGCAACGUCGACUUCGGCGAGGUGCUCAGCCUGGUCUUUUGCGUGGCCAAGGCUUGUUACAAGCAGCCCCAGGCAGCAGAAGACGCUCAAGAGCCAACAGAGCAUGAGAAGGCAGCGGGGGAGCAGCCACGGGGGCCACACGUGAACCAUCAGGACCAGGACACGGAGAUACAGGAUCCAGACAACUACGAAACCCAGGAGGGUGACACACAGGAGCAGGACCCAGACACCCAUCAAACCCAGGAGGAUAAGACACCAGAGCAGGACCCAGGCAGCCAUCAAACCCAAGAGGGUGAUGCACAGAAGCAGGACCCAGACACCCAUCAAGCCCAGGAGGGUAACACACAGAAGCAAGACCCAGACACCCAUCAAGCCCAGGAGGGUGAGACACAGAAGCAGGACCCAGACACCCAUCAAGCCCAGGAGGAUAAGACACCAGAGCAGGACAAGGAUGACAAAGCUGAAGCACCCAAAGGAGAUCCAAAGAGUGGUAAAACCCCGGAUAUUGAGACCCCAGAACAGGACAGAAAUACCCAAGAAGAGACUGAGAAACCAAAACAGGACCCAAAACCCCAUCAGAAAGAAACUGAGGCACCAGGAGAGGGUUCAAAGCACCAGAGCCCAGAGACGGAGUCAGCAGAGCAGGACCAGAAUUCUCCCCUUGAGACAAAACAGAGACACCCAGACAAGACCCAGGUCCGUGAGACCCCCGGGCAGGACCCCAACCCUGAUGAGACCCACGAGCCGCUGCCCUCGCAGCGACGUGCAAGCCCCCAUCGGGAUCCCAAGCCCGAGGGAACGCUCCACGACCCAGCUUUGCACCACCUCCCCGAACCCAAGGAGCUGGAGGAGAAGGAGCACAGCGGGGCAGAGGCUCCUUCUUAUCCAGCACAGCAGCAACAACGCACUCAUGGCCAAACACAACCCGCGAUGGAGCAGCAGCACCUGCAGGCUCUGCACCAGUGGCCACCACAGCAGUAA